ACCUAAAAUCGAAUUUAGAUGCAUGAUCUUUGAGAUUAGCUGUCUCUUGUAAAAAAUUUAGGGGGAUAGAAUAGAAAUAUCAUUAUUAUCACAAGUAUUAUUGCAUAUGUAAAAGUUCAUUUGAGAGAAGGGAUGGGGGAAGGUGGAGCUGGCCAAAACAACAAACCAAGUUGCCUUACAUGCCACGUUUCUUUCCCUUCACACACCAGUAUUUAGGGGCUUUUGUUGCUCAUGCUGCUUUUUCUCUUAACACCUCCCCAUCUUCAAGGUUUAUUGCUUUUUAGUUCCAUGGCGUUCCUCUUUUUCUCUGAAUCGUUUAUUUUUUUUUCCUAACUUCUCUUAACUUUAUAUAAGCUUUCUUCUCCUCCCUUUGCUGUAUCACUUUCCAUUUGAAUAUUUUCAGUUCUUUAGUUGCUUUUGUUUUCUCUGCCAGGUGCUUUGGACAAUAAGAAUUUCAGCUGUCUGGUCAGUUGAUAUAUAUAUAUAUAUAUAUAUAUAUAUAUAUAGAGAGAGAGAGAGAGAGAGAGGUUAUAAGGGUGUGCUUUGUUGGGAUUUUAAGCUGGAUUUUGGGUGGGUUUUUGCAGCUUGUUGAUUGGAAUCAAACCAAGAUUGUGAAACUGAAGGUUUUAGGUGAAAGGGGCAAUAGGGUUUUAGCUUCUUCCAGGAAUGGCAAACAUUGUUGUAGUUGGUCAGGAAGAUGAUCAGAUGAAUUUGCCUCCGGGUUUCCGGUUUCAUCCAACUGAUGAAGAGCUUAUUUCUCACUACUUGUACAAGAAGGUUCUUGACAUCAACUUCAGCGCUAGAGCUAUUGGAGAGGUGGAUUUGAACAAGUCUGAGCCCUGGGACUUGCCAUGGAAAGCGAAAAUGGGAGAGAAAGAAUGGUACUUUUUCUGUGUGAGAGACAAAAAAUACCCUACUGGUCUAAGGACUAAUAGGGCUACCAAUUCUGGCUACUGGAAAGCCACAGGGAAAGAUAAGGAGAUUUACAGAGGAAAAUCAUUGGUUGGAAUGAAGAAAACUCUUGUUUUCUACAAGGGUAGAGCUCCAAAAGGAGAGAAAACCAACUGGGUCAUGCAUGAAUACAGAGUGGAAGGCAAAUACUCUGUCCACAACCUCCCUAAAACUGCCAAGAACGAGUGGGUGAUUUGCAGGGUAUUCCAAAAGAGUUCUGAUGGGAAGAAAACCCAUAUUUCAGGUAUGGUUAGGAUGGGUUCUUUUGGUAAUGAGUUGGGUCCUGCUGGUCUACCACCAUUAAUGGAAUCUUCACCAUGCAAUGGCAAGAGCAAACCUGUUGCCGAAUUGGCUUACGUGCCCUGCUUCUCCAAUCCUAUUGAUGUUCAAGAAGACACAAUCGGGAAUUUCAAUAGCCCUCUUCUUCCUGUUUCUUCAAAUCCUACAGACAUUUUCCCACUUUCAAACUCCUUUUACUCUGCUCAAGCAAUCCCUUCCCUAUCAAAUUUUCAAUUCCCUGGCUCUGUUUUAAUGCAAGACCAAUCAAUCCUGAGGGCCUUAAUUGAAAGCCAUGGAUCAAACAUAAGGCAGGAUUUCAAAACAGAGAGGGAGAUGGUUAGUGUUUCACAAGAAACAGUUUUAACCACUGAUAUUAACAAUGAAAUCUCUUCUGUCGUAUCGAAUCUCGAAAUGGGAAAGAGGCCAUUCGACGAUCAAGAAGCCCCUUCUACUUCGGCUGGACCACUGGACCUUGAUUGUUUUUGGCAUUACUGAAAUCAGAAACAGCAGCAUUUGAAGAUUAAUUCGACCUUCAGUUACUAUUAUUGUCUGGAAAAGAUGGUGUCAGUCUGUGUAUAGAUUUUCUUUAGGUCUAAAUAAAAUUAUGUAUUAUAAAUUUAUAAUGAAAUUACCAUGUUAGAAAACUUGAAUU